AUUCUAAAUAGGCUUAUACAAUACACUAUAAAUAUGCCAAUAAAAUUUAUAUUUCUUAACGAAUUACAUUAAGAUAAUACAUUCUGAAUUAAGAUGGGUAUUUGGCAAUAACGAAAUUAAGAGAAAGGCUCCGCGGGAUUUGCGUCGGCACUUCUCUCCAUUACUGCCAACAUUAGUCUAUAUCAUCUGUCUAAAUUAUGUAUUUAAGACUCGAUUCAUAUUUAGUUAUACAUUGAAAAACCAAGAUUAGGCUACAUGUUUUUGAUGAGGAAAAUCAUUAAAUCCACUGUAAAUGAAUUCAGCGCGAUCCUGCGCUACUGAUAGUGCAGCAGCAUUGAACUUGACCGCUCAUUUUACCUCACAAAGCCGGAGCGCAAGCCCGAGCCCGUGUAAAAUGUUAGAAAUGAAGCCCGAACCCGCCCGAGCCUGUCGGGUCCCGACGGAUCCCGUCGGGUUCGGGCAAAGAUCUUCAGCUCUAAUCCAUAUCGUUCCGCCAUACUGUUAAACUAUAAUAGCAGAGAGGGACAAAAAGCACUUGCCUACCAAUGCAUUUCCACAACGUGUUUUCAUUCAGAACACAUGAACCAGCUGCAACGGACAAGGAGAUCAGCGAUUACAUAACAGCUACCGUAGUUGCAACACGCAUUUGGAAAGGGGAGGAGCUAGUAAGCACUGUUCGUUUGAAUGCAAAAUACAAUUCCACCACUAGAUGGGGGUAGAUCCUACUGAUUGCCCCUUUAAAGCGUAACUAAACCUCUGGUCAGAGCCUGACUCCACCCACUGGUAAUAUUUGAAAAAUGCAAGAAAAGUGGGCAGAUCCCAAGGAGAUAGAGGGCACAAACUAAGUUUGUGGUGAGAUCGUAACAAGGGCUUGAACCUGCUUACGUCACGAGUCAUUUUUUGGACCCAACAUCCAAUAGGAAAAUUCAACUCCAAUAGCCACCGUUCAACCUGAAGAGGGCAGCACUCAGACGUUUUUACACCAUAUAUUGUAGUAUUGAAACACUUUAUAUCCAAAUGUCAAAAAACUUACAAAAAUCAACAAACAGCACUAAUAAAGCCCCAUUCUUACAGAUCAUUAACUAAAAAAAGUUGGUUUAGGGUUACGCUUUAAAGAUUAUAGGGGUGGUUACAGGAAUUAGUUUAAGACAGGACUAGGCCUUAGUUUAAUUAGGAAAUAUAACUAGUUUUAACAAACAUGCCUUACUAAAUACCUUACUUGUGUGCAUUUUGAAGCAAAACAAAGGGCACUGGUUUAUUUUAAGAUUUGGCAUUUCAGUUUGGACAGCUCUUACAUUUAUUUUAGUCUAGGACUAGUCUAAUCCCUUUCCGGGAAACUGCCCCGUAAACUUUAUUUUACUUUAUAAUCAUAUAAAUAUUUAUUUAAUACAAGAGUGAGUGCAGGUGCAAAAGGGGAGCUUGGCUCUUUUCUAAAGCCCCCCAACCGAAAAUCAUGCGAGCCUACUCAAUAAACUUUAUGAAAUGCAAAGUUUUAUAAAGACAAACAUUUGUUUUAGUUUACAUAUAAACACACUUUGCUAGACAUUUAGGGACCACAAUCUAAUCAGUAUUUAAAAUAAUAUGUAUUUCAAAUUGUAAAAUUUUUUAUAUGUAACAUUUAAUUAUAUUCCUCCAAAUUUAUGCACGUAUGUGUAAGAGCAUAAUUACAGCGCUUUUUACAAUGUGUAAACUUUAGAGAUAAAGAGAGAGAUGUUGGUUUUGCCGGUUGUUGAUGAGUAACAGCUGUGAAUGAUCACAACCCGCUUAACCCUCUGGGGUCUAAGGGGUUUUUAGGGCCCUGGAGAAGUUUUGACCUGCACUGACAUUUGUGCUUUUUUCAGUUGCUUAAAAACAUAAUAAUGGCAAAAGUCUUAUAACACUACAUUCAGCACAAACUGGGCUACUAUAUUAUAUGAUUAACAUGUAUGUACAUGUUUGUAUUUUUGAGAGAAAAAUGUUUAUGCAUGGUUUUUGAAAAAGAAAAAAAUUUAAGUGACUGAUAUAAGUCCACAAAACUCAUUCUAAACAUGUUUUCCCAAGACUUUUCAAAACAGGAUCCAGUAGUCUAGAGUUUUUUCUUUAAAAUGAUUUGAAAAUCAUUCUGCUUACUCCUUCACAUAACACAAUAUAUUGAUUUACAAUUUCAAAGUCACUUUUUGGUUAGGAAGGCAAUAUGCAAGGAGGCUGGAAGCUCUUGAAUAAUCUGUGAUUGACAGCUGAAGAACAAAACAAUUGCAUAAUGAGCUGCAUAAUGAGCCUUUAGGCAGGAAUGUGAAGACGUCAUUGUUGUUACGUGUUUGUUUGUGAAAGCAACACAAAAGAAAUGCCUUCCCAUGCGUGAUCCUGCUUUAAAUAAACUUACUGUGCAGAGAUAUACGCGAAUAAACUGGGUUUUAGAUGUGUUUAGAUGCGUCUUAAUACAAAGUGGGUCAAAUAUGAGGAAUAUUGUGUGUUUGUGUUUGUGUGUGCGUUUGGCCGUUGAUCGCGUCUGACGGAAGCACAAAGAAAACAUAAGCGCAUGGAGAUAACUUUUAUAUACUAGGCGAGAGAAACCAAGUAGAUGUGAUGUUUGCAAUCGUCUUUUAUAAGAAUACCAAAAAGCGAGUCAAAUGAGGCAUCGUGUGUUUGUGUGUGCAUUUGGACAACGCGUCACACAGACAAAGCGCAGACACACUUGCAUCUUUUAUAAGAAUACCACAAAGCGCGUCAAAUAUGAGGCAUCGUCUGUUUGUGUGUGAGUUUGGACAUCGAUCCCAUCACACUGAUGAAGCACACACACUCGCGUCUGUCAGGAGAUUUAGGCACGAGUAAACAAGUAUGUGAUGAUUGCACAUGUGCAAUCGCAUCUUUAAUAAUGAUACCACAAAGCGCUUCAAAUAUGAGGCAUUGUGUGUUUGUGUGUGCGUUUGGACGUCAAUCGAGUCACACUCGCGUCUGGAGAUAACUUUAGUUACAGUCACGAGUAAACAAGUAGAUGUCAUGUUUCCAGCACUCGGAUUAAAACUCAACACAGCAGUGAAUGGCUGCAGAGACGGAAUGUCCAUUGACUGUGGGGUUGACUAAUGAAUAUGGAUGAUCUCUGCUCUUCUCUUCAAUGGAGCGGGGCGUGGCUCAUUAUAGAUAAUGAAGCAACAGAAGAAAGACGGUACAUCUCUCUCUUCUAAUACAGUUAACAACGAAUUACAAUAUUUGUUUUCGAUUUCACUUACAUUUUCCAAAAGCAGACAUUCCAAGCAUUAUGUAGACAUUUAUCUUUUGUUUCUAUGACAAGUAUUCGUUAAGUUACAGUAAAUUUUUCUGAUGUGUUUCUGAAAGGACUUCACUGAGGGAGAGAGGACAAAAUGCGCAUCAUGUUUAUUUUCUUAAUUUUGCGAAAAGCACAACAUGCUGUUUUUAUUGGGAGUGGACAGAAAAAAACUAGACAAUUUAACGUUUUAAAUGAUGUAUAAAUCAUAUCUGUAUGUCCAAAAUCAGCAGAGUUAUCUAAGUCUCUUUGGGGAGUGAUUGAAAAAUAAAGAGUUUGCGGCGCCCACGCCAUAGCCGACCCCAGAGUGUUAAACAGCCACAUCACAGGAGAACAAGUGAACAGUGUCCCAAUGUCAAGUCAGCUAGUCCUUACUAGUGCCCAAACCUGCAUACACAUUCUCAACAUCGGGAGAUUGGGAACGAAUUGAGACACUCCCCGAGCAGCAACCGCAGGCGGCUACAGUGAUCGGGUGCGCCAAGGUUAUUUUCGUAAACGAAAACUGAAACUAAGACUAAAACUAUCAGCUAAAAAACAUUUUCGUUAACUGAAAUAAAAUUAAAAAUUCAUAAUAAAUGAAAAACUAAAACUAAACGAAAUGAGCAACAGUUAUUUAAAAACUAACUGAAAUAAAAUAAUUAUUAUCAAAAAUAAGUAUUCGUUUUCGUAAUUAAUAAGCUCUCAUCCUGUGGCGGAAAAUCUGAACAGGCUUUAUAAUAGACCCCUUAAUCGCCUACGUCACUUUGACGUCACUGCUCUAGCUGGAGGCAAAACAUACGAACUCAUAGCAGGCGCGCUAAAAGUGUGAGGUUUUGACUUUAAAAUGUCAUCGUCUUGUGUUUUUGGCUGCCAAAAUAGAAGUAACAGCACUUUCGUUCAAAACUAAAGUUAUACCGGACCCCGGCAGACAUUCCUUCACAGAAAUAAAGAAGACAAUUGUGGUUGAAUGGACGGAGACGAUCGCAAAUAAUGCUCGUGUUGGCAGUGCACACUUCAUAUCAGGUAAAAUAAUCUAUCCAUAUGUAUUGGUGUGUUGGUCUUAUCUAGUACAAAUCAGAACGUUUCUGUUUUAUAGGUGAUAAGUCAACCGUCAGUGCACUAGCUAGCUUAAAUGUUAAACAAACAAUAGAUGUGUGUGCCAUCCUUUGAAUGAUCUCUUAAAAUAAUCCCCAUUGCUAAUCAUAGUUAGCCCAGCGAUAGGUUACAUUAGACAACAAGCCUUGACAAAAUUCCCCAAACCAGCCGAAAAUACUUCAUAUGUAGGAAAUAUCCAAAACCUGGUUUAAAUGUUUCCAAGGAGAACAAGAUACAAGAACUAACUGUUAUAGAGUUAAUUUACAAAAAUAGCUGUCACGCAGAGUCAGUAACUUUACAUAUUCGGACAAUUCCGAACCUUCUUCUGCAUCUAUGUUUAAAGGGGCCAUAGCAUGAAAAUGUUAGCAUUGCCACUUUGUAGGUUUGAGCAAAAAUGUGUCGUUUUGGGUGUGUUUUUUAAAAUGCAAAUGAGAGGAUGAAGUGCAAACACUGAUCACAAUGAUGGUGGUUUGUUGUAAUUCAAACUCAUUUGUGCUGUCAAGUCCUUCUUUUCUCUCUCUUUCUCUCUGCACUAAAUGGCAGUGCAGUGGUUGGAUAGUGCAGAUUAAGGGGGCGGUAUUAUUCUAAUAAGAUAUCCUUAUGACAUCAUAAUGAAAGCCAAAUUUCAAUGACCUAUUUUUGCUCACACCUACAAAGUGGCAAUGCUAACAUUUUCAUGCAAUGGCCCCUUUAAUAAAUCCCUCCUAAAAUGUGCUAGCUUACGCUUGUCAGCAUUGCGUCCGCGACUCUUUUUGCCUCCAACUAAUCCCCGCCCACCCGGAGACGUUGCAAUGUUUACAAACUUUUAAGGAGUCUUUACUUGUAGAUGGCGCUUUAUGAUGGUGAGGUUAGCUGAGGAUGACAGCAACCUCAGUUAACUGAUAAUAUGUCAGACAGUCUAGCUGCUGUUAGCUGCUAAACUAUAAUUACUAAAACUAUAACUGAAACUAAAUAAAAUAAAAACUAAAUAGAAAUGUUUUUGCAAAAUAAAAACUAAACUAAAACUAACAAAACCAUUCAUGAAACUAACUAAAACUAAACUUAAAUUUAAAGCAAAAUUGGAAACGAUACUAAAAUAAAAACUAAUUUAAAAAAGCAAAACUAUAAUAACCUUGGGGUGCGCCGCUCUAAUUUGCCCGUGUAGAACGUUGCGUCGCAUUAGUUCCGCUUUUGCCGCUCGCGUGUAAAAUCAAAAUAAAUGUAUACUUUUUUAUUUGGUCAGCACGGGGUGGCCACAGGGGUGGCCAGGGACAUGUCUACAAGGGCACGGGCCACCUUUGGCCUCCGUGUAGAACCGCCACGGGGGAGGACCACAUAAUUGUGGCUUCCCAACAUACCAUGGCUAUGUUCCCUGGCCAUUUGCCUGUGGAGCUGGCAUCUUUACAGGCUGCUGAUCCAGUGAUUAGCGAGGUCCUGAGAUUCUGGAAAGACAGGAGGUAUCCUGGCCCAGAGGAGCGACGGAACAUGUCUAGACAGGGUUUGGUCCUGUUGAGGCAGUGGAAACGUCUAGCCGAGCAAGACUGAGUCUUGUAUAGAAGGGUGAUGCGUCCAGAUGGUAAGGAGGAGACUUUACAGUUGGUUUUGCCGACCGUGUUGAAAGUGGAAGUUUUGACCCAACUCCAUCAAAACCAUGAUCAUCAAGGUGUGGAACGCACCCUUGAACUGGUGCGGCAGCGAUGCUAUUGGCCUAGUGUUGCAGAAGAGGUGGCCCAGUGGUGUCAGCGGUGUGAACGUUGCCAAGUGGCAAAAGAAACACGGCCACCUGCUCGGGGGCCUAUGGGCCAUUUGUUGGCUUCUUGCCCAAACGAGGUCAUCGCCAUCGAUUUUACGAUAUUAGAACCAUCUAGUUCAGGGGUAGAACACGUGCUAAUAAUGACAAACGUUUUUAGUAAGUACACUGUUGCUGUUCCAACUCGUGAUCAGCGGGCCGAGACUGUGGCACGAUUGCUAGUGACUGAAUGGUUCUGUAAAUUUAGCGUUCCCGCUCGGCUCCAUUCGGACCAAGGUCAAAAUUUCGAGUCUGGGUUAAUUGAGCAGCUAUGUGCUCUUUAUGGGGUUAUCAAGUCACGGACCACUCCAUACCACCCAGCAGGAAACAGGCAAUGUGAACGGUGUAAGAAAAAAUUAUGAGGAGGACUUUGAAGAUCUCAAUCAAAAAGUAGUUUAUUCAAUCGAAGCAGUAGCAAAGUACAUGAAGCACUCUGGGUUCAUCGGAGUUGGAUUGAACCCUGAGCAAAGUCAGUCUUAAUACUUUAUAGUUUCAAACCUGUUUUCCCACCCCUAAUGCUAAUGAAGUAUCCCUUUAAAUGUAAAUUAAGACUAAUACUACAAAUGACCCCUAUGUCUCCCACUGUGCCUAAAUGGGUCCUGGGAUUUGUAUGAUCAGGCUAUCUUAGUACCCAACUGUGUGCUCAACCAAGUGGUCAGAUAAUGUUUAGAUAGAUGUCUUUUAUUAUCAUGAACCCCUUUUUGAUCUGUGUUAGUUCGAGAAGUCUCACAUUUGCUCCCAUACUACUAGUAAGAAAGUAUUACUUCAGGUUAUAUAAUUGUAUUGCUUGAACUGAGAUUACCUUUUAUGAUUAUCAAGCCUUUUAGAGGGAUGAGCUUGUUUCAACAUCUAAAUUGGAGUGGAAUCUUUGUCAAGGCUGACUAUAAAUUCUUACAACGGUUUAACCGUACACUUCACAACCUCUUGGGGACCCUUCCGAGCUUGAGGAAGCGAGAUUGGGUAUCGUGCCUUCCUCAAUUGGUAUUUAGUUAUAAUACUACUCCUCAUCAUACUACUGGAAUGUCGCCACAUUUUUUUAUGUUUGGCCAGGAGGCACGAUUACCUGUAGAUUUCUUGCUGGGAAGGGUUGCUGAGCCCAUAGAAGGGGAGGUACAUGAGUGGGUGUUGGAGCACCAGACUCGAUUACAGGUAGCUUUCAAGGGAGCUCGAGAACAACUGCAAGUUGCAGCAAGGAAGCGGAAAGAGCAGCAUGAUCAAUUAGUUCGGGAUUCUGCGCUUGUGGUAGGCCAGUUGGUAUACCUUCGGAAUUAUGGGGUCCCCAUACCAGAUCCUGCGAGCUCCCGAGGAAGGUGGCGUAGUAUAUACUAUUGCUCCUGUUGAUUAUAUGACCCAAGUACGAACGGUAUAUCGUUCUCUGAUUAAGGGACGGUUUGGAUCUGAGUCAGAAGCUCAGGAGGAACUUGAGCCCAGGCCAGAUUUAGAAGAGAACCUGCCUGUUCGGGAGGAAGGUUCUUUUCAUUUGGAAGAGGAGGAUGUAGAUCUGGCGGGAGUUGUUAGAGUGUCCCCUGGGCGUUUAGAGCUUAUGAUGCAAGGCCAUUCUCAGGAUUGUGAGAGGGAUAUUGUACCCCCCUAAGAACUGGCACGAUGCAAGUGGAGGCUUCCCUAUCGGUUGAGGGAGGUAAGGACUGGCCGAUUCUCCUCGUGAGGUUAGGAGUGUGGUUAGGAGGACAAGUCGAGUUACAGCAGGCCAGCAUUCCAAUGUGAAUCGCCUUCCUAGGCCUGUUAUGGGGUCAAAUGGGGUAGUUAAUGCAGUAACUGUGCUUUUCAGGCCAUGGAAUUGAAGUGGUCCUGUGAUCACCGGGACGUCGAUCCAAUUCGAGGGGGGUAGAUUGUAGCAGCACUACCCAGAGACGGGCUGAAAAGGGCUUUAAUUAGAGACGGGUGCGCUUUAAUUAGAGACAGGUGCGCUAUGGGUGUAGGUGUACAUAAAAGGAAGGUUUCCAGCAUUGUUUGAGUGUGUUGACGGGUGGUUGCUGCUGCGACUUUGGACGUUAAAUGUCUGAUGCUUUCUUGGUGGAUCUUUGAGCUGUUUGGGACGAGCAUUUGAUUGUGGACUUGCUGCAUUUUGGGUAGGUCACAGUGUAUAAAUUAGUUUUUAUUUACGAUGAGCUGUUGACUACAUGCGCUUUGUUCAUUUGUCUUAGUAUUCCGGGCUGUAUUAUUCAUGCCGUGCUGUGGUGUAAGCAAGGCUGACUCUAUUAAUCAGGUUAUGCAGAGUUGGUCCAUCCUUUGACGUGUCAGCAUUGCUGACCUGCAAAUAAUCAGGUGGGUAUGCUACUGAUUUAUUGCAUGCCGAUUAUGAAAAUUCCAUCAUUAAUGCUGUACUCUUAUCAGCUUAAAGUGUUCCAGGGCUAUACGCUCAUAUGACACUGGGUAGUGUUGGACUUUAAGGCGUCCAUUGCAUGUUCAUAAUUUAGAGGAAAGGCACAAGAUACAAAUAUCUAAGUUCAAAUUUUUAUUGAUCAGAUAUGAAAAAGUUUUACAGCGCGCUGGAUCGUUUCAAGGCCACAAGCGGCAAGCAACGAAUGCCCAGCAUUUGGGAAAACAUUUCUUUAUAGAGUAUGUGACGUCGUCCUUCUUCUUAGAAUCUCCACCCACAAAGGCUGCUUUUCCUCAUGAAUCUGACUCCCUCACCACACCCAAUUUCAGCCUGCCGGCGAAGACAGACACACAGACAAAGAAAAAACAAACUGUUCCCCGCUCAUCCUUGAGGGCCCUGCAGUUCCUCCCUAGUACUCCUCCACUUCACAUAUGGUUGACUUCACAUAGCAUGUUAUAAUGCUUUCUUAAAAACAAAUCAUUAACAAAACAUUCAUUUAUAAAAAACAUAAGCUGUAAGAUGAAAGUGAUUAUUAUGUAAAACAUAUUUCAAUAUCAUGACAUCAUUUCAUUAUUCGUAAAAUUGGUUAUAUGAAUAAGGCACACAUUAACUUCUUUAGAUAGAUAAACACAUAUUAAAUCUUUUAUUGCAAUACUACUUCUAAGGAAACACUUUAAUCAUUAUUAAAAACCAUCUGUUAGGAAAGAAAACACACACACACACACGCACGCACGCACGCACGCACGCACGCACACACACACACACACACACACACACACACACACACACAAAGAACAAGCACAGGAGAUUCUGUUCUUCAAGGUUGAGCUGCCAUGCCCCCAUUAAGUUAUUCUUUAUGCAACCUUCAUUUCAUUGGUUAAUACAAAUUUAUCAAAGACAACAUCUUAUAUUUAUUACAUCAAUUAUUUAAUGAUUAAUACUGAUUAAGUAAGAAAUACAUUGCAUAUUUUAUCCUGUGAAUAUUAAAGCAUUGGUUAAUAACAUGGUUGCCUGUUUACUUUUCCCCCUCAGGCCUCUCUCUUAUCUUAACAAUUUCCAGACGUACAUUCCUCAGCAUAUGCUGUUUCCCCCAACCGAAACCACACAGACAACUUUCUUGUACUCAGCACAGAAAUCAUUGUUGUAAUAAUACACAUUAAUUAAGAUUAUAAACAGUAGGGCUGUGUUGAAAAAAUCGAUUCAUCGAUUCUGAAUCGAUUUUCAUGUUUAUUUCUAAAGAUCGAUCCUUAACUCAGAGAAUCGAUUUAAUAAUUAAUAACUUAAACUUGCCGCGUCAUUGAAUUCACGCAUGCGCGAGGUGGAAGGACAUUAAAACAACGAACAUAGCAGUCAGUAACGUUAAGCAAGCGGUUGUUUUGAAAACUCUAGAAAUGCUCAAAGCUGCGAUCUAUAUGUAAAAUAAUCCACUCAUAACAAAUAUACGAGUUAUUUGUGUUAUUUUUAUAAUAAGCGCCAGUAAAUCCACCGCAGGUCUCCAGCGAAACUCUCUCUGUCCCUCCCUCUGUGCUCAUGCAGCCGGUCUCUGACGGGCAGAGGUUUCUUGAGGCGCGCGCAACGGGACACCAAAUAAAGAGUUCUUCUUACACAUAAUGCUUAUAGUUGUGAAGUUUUCUGAACUUUAAGCAAGCUAAGACAAAACUUGCAUUUAUAUCAGUGACACGUGCGCUGCUGGAGCAUUAGUUUGACGCCUAAUUCGCUUAUAGUACAAACAUCUUUGAUCAGAAAGACGAGAAAGAGACGCAAAUGUUAAGGUCUAAUAGAAAGUAAAGAGCAUCAAGACCUUAAAACAGACUUCAUCACAUUAUAGCACCCAUCAUAAUAUAUAUAUCUAGAGCUCCGACUCUCAUAUACAGGUAUUUAUCCUGUCUGUAGGUUUGUGCAUAUAUUUAUACCUGUUCAUUUUACAUACUGCCUAUUUUUUUAUGUAAUGUAUGCAUAAAUACAAAAUACAAUGCAUACUAUAGCUUCAAUAGUCUACAAAAUUAAUAACUCAAUUAAAAACAAGAUUCUGUCUAUCAAGACUUGUUGUUAUCCUCUGGGCAUUUUCACUUUAACAUUAUUUACUUUAAAUUGUCCAUAUUUUAAAACUGUGGUGAGCAGUUAAAAGCUAGAGUGAGUGGCAAAUAACUGCACAUUUUUAUAAUCCAAAAACAAUAUAAACUGAAAAACAUGUAUAUUAUGAAAUAUACAGUUACCAUGAAAUAAAAUGACUCAUUCUGUGGAAUAGAUUUUUGGUCAUCCCCCCCCCCCUAUCUUGCACCAUUUCGGGCUUUUUUUUAAAACACUUAUCUAAAUCUCGAAGAUGGGAUCAGAUCGGAUCGAAUCGAAUCGAACAAUGAUAAUCGAUUCAAGAUCUUGAGAAUCGGAAUCGAAUCGAUUCUUGAAAUUUGAAUCGAAACCCAGCCCUAAUAAACAGCACGAUUAGUAAAACAAAAUCAAAUCCCACAGUAGCUGAUUAUGACCCAGUGACCCAGCUUCCCCUUCUUUUUGGUUCUUUGUUAUUAUUAUUUUCUCUUUUUUUGUUUGAGUACCUGCCCGGUGGCGUACAUUUCUGCGACGCCUGGUCCACCCCUUCAUUUGUGCUGUCCUGUUCCUGGGAAUAAUUGUGGGACAGGGUAUUAACUCGUGUGGGUAUUCGCCACCCCCGUAUUGUUUCAACCGGAGGAGGUUUGCGUGGUUGUAUGGUACAUUUGUGGUCAUGUGCAUGAGUUUAGUUAAAGUGUGUGUGUGUGCGUUACUUAUAGUGUGUGUAUAGUGUGAGAAGGACACGUUGUUUAAUGUGUGUGUGUGUGUGUGUGUGUGUGUGUGUGUGUGUGUGUGUGUGUGUGUGUGUGUGUGUGUGUGUGUGUGUGUGUGCGUGUGAAUUAAAUUACGAUAUGAUUUAUUUUGUUUUUUUGUUUAUUUGAUUUAAUAUUGGUUUCACAAGUUAGUUUUUAUUGGUUAUUUUGUGGAGCGUGGUAUUCUAUUCAACUGUUAGAUCGGUCGGGGAGGAGUGUAACUUUUUUAAAUAUUUUUUUUUGUAAUUAUUCACUGAGUGGUUUGAUGUGUAACUUUUUGUUUCUUUGAAACACUUGUGGUUAAGUGAGCCCAAAGAAACUUGUAUUUAAAGUGUGUGGUGAAGUGGAAAUUUGUUUUUCUUUAUUUCUCCCUGUUAUCCGAUCUGAACUUUUUGAUGUCUGGGACCUAAUCUAGUGUUUUUAAAUGAAGCUAGCUUCACUAGUCUUGUGCUAACGAUAUUACAUUCAAUUGCGGUUUUACUCUGUAUAAAUAAAGUGGUGUUAUUUUUUGGUAUUCAUGUCUUCUCUGAAUCUUUGUGGGAACUAACCUAUGUGCCAUUAUUUAUAUUUCCCUGGGUGCAAUUCCCAGGGUGGCGUAGUCUGUGUUACAAAGACUUAGGUGUUUACAUAAUCUUUAAGAGGUUCCAAAUAGUACAUUGUUAAGGGUAAAUUGUGUUUAGAAUAACACCUUUGGGUGCCACACUAAGAAAUCUGUUUGCAUCUUAAGGCCUUCUGCAGGAAGUGGUCACUGACAAUGGACCCCAAUUAACAUCCAGGGCAUUUGACGAAUUCUUACUAAAUGGGGUAAAGCACACAAAAUUACCUGCCUAUCACCCCUGCCUCUAAUGGGCUAGCUGAAAGGUUAGUUCAGAACCUAAAAAAAGCACUUGCAAAGAACAGAGCAGGUGGUGGUAUGACACUGUGUAACUAAUUUUUUGUAUAGCUAACGCAAUACACCUCAUAGUACUACUCACAAGACACCUGCUGAACUAUUCCUCAAGAGAGCUGUUCGGACCAGAUUAUCUCUUAUAAAACCACAGUUCUCGCAGGCUUUGAGGUGUAAGCAAUCUGAAAAAAAUGAGAAGCCUUGUAAGGUCAGGACCUUCACUACUGGUCAAAAGGUUUUGGUAAAGAAUUACAGGGGAGGAGAGAAAUGGUUGGAGGGUACAAUUUCAAAAGUGUUGGGCCCAGUAACUUACAUGGUUGAUGUAAAUGGAAACUGUGUAAAGAGGCAUGUUAACCAAAUGUUACGUUGUAAAAUUGUGUGUAACAAAGGUGCUGGGGAUCCAGGACAGUUUCCUUAUACAGGAAGGAACUUGGACCCUGAUGAAAUUGACAUGGACAUUGAUAAGGACAAUGAAACUGUCAAUCCAGAAACUGAGACUGAAUUGGUAGCUGAUUAGGCAAUAGAGUUGUCAGCUACUGUGGCAGAAACUGAAAGGUUGUCAGAAAACAACCGUCCUGUUCGAAAUAAGCGUGUUCCACAAAGGUUGAAUUUGUUAAAAAAAAAAGUCUACAUAGUGAUUGUGUAGGAUGUAUAAAAGAGUAUGGAAAUGUUCAGAGAUUGUUUUGGUAACAAAGAGUUUGAAAAAUUUGUUUUUCAGAGUUAAGUGAGAAAUAAGAUUACAAGGGAGGAGCUGUGGUGUUGUACACCAAAAUAAUGUUAUGAUUAAGAAUAUGGUAAUUUUCUUACCAUCAAAAUAACUUAUAUCUUAGUAAUAUCUUACUUUGUUGCCAUACACUGUAAGCCCGAACAGUACUACUAGCUUAUAAAGACUAAGGUCCCUACAGUUAAAAUCUCUUGCUGAGUUAAUCCACCUUUAAACUAUUCAUGUCUAUGAACAAAUAUGUAUUUUUAUGUUUGUGUGGCUCAGCAUUUCUGAGUGAACACCUCUGGUUCACUCACUAUGUUUAAGUGUACUGUCGAUCACGUGAUAUGACAUCAUGACGUACGGCUCUUAUCUGACGUUACCUGAAAAAUCUAUCCAAGAUGGCUACCCUCUCGAGCGACGUGGGAUCGAGCAUGAAACAACUUGUAAGUAAACCAAAACACUUCAAAACUACUUUUCCUGUUGUAACAUUGUAAGAAUACCAUAUUCCACGUGAUAUUUGACUGUAAGACAAGGCUAUUUUCAAUACAUAAGUUGCAAGCGCGCAACUUCACCGUGCCGCGAGCAUGCGCCGAAAACGAGAUUUCCCUUAGUCCGCAUGCUAUUAUCAUGUGUACUGUUAAUGUUGUGUACUGUUCAUGUGUACUGUUUACUGUUAAUGUUGUGGCAAGGCAAUUAUGUUGACUUCAUUGGUAAGUUACAUUAACACUUGAAUUUUUUUAUCAUAUUUUGUAUCAUUUAUUUGUGAAGAGGUUGAUUGCAUAAUUUGACUGGUUUCAUAUUAAUUGUUUUGUCUUUGCCCACAGGACCAAGUUUGUCUUUGCCCACAGGACCAACUCCAAAUAUUAAAAGAAGUCUGACCUUUCUGUGAUUUGUCCCUCAGAAGAUGGCAGCAACCCCAACAUUUCUGCUGCGUGUUUAUGUUACCACAGAUGUUGCUAUAAAGGUAACUUUGACUGAGCGACCAGAGUCGGUGAUAGAGCUAAUCAACAUACUGCGAGAAAAAGCCAAGCCAAGGCUGGACUUUGAGUUUACCUUGCAUUAUGAGGAUCCUGACUUCGGUAGUUGAUAUUCAAGAGUUACCAGAGAAAGCAACAUUAAAAUUAUCAGAUCAGAAAGUGAUACCAGCUCAUGUGCAUCUUGUGAUACAGACAUUCUUCCUCUUGUGCCUAUAAGCCAGCGUCAGAAAUCCUGCCCUGACAUCUUUCCUGUGCCAACUUUUUCUUAUGAAGUUGAGCAUGUGCUUGAAGAGGGAAACCGUACCUUUGCAACUUCUGGAAAGACACUGAAAUUAACCAGAUCCCAAAAGCACAACAUCUUGGAGAACAUGGCCACAGUAAUGUUCAACUUUAAACCUUACCCAUGUGACAAUGAUGUGGGUAUGGCAGCUGAAGCUCUUGUUACAGCUCAUCCUUGCCUUAAAGAGCCUGGAAGUGUGAGUGGAUGGUAUGGAUGGAAAAUGAGCCUGAAAUUUAAGAUGGGGGAUUAUCGUGCCAAGCUGUCAAGAUCUGGAUGUUUAGAAGUGUCUGUCAAUGCAGGUAAAAGGAGCAAAAAUAACCCUGACAAAGAGCACCCACACUCCAACAUAAAACAAGCCAGACGAGCUGAAGUGAACUUCCUUCCAAACUUUCCCAAGGAAGAAGGUCAGGCCAGUUUGGAAGAAAUGAGACUGCAGAUUAUGGACGAAGUUCAGAAGAGUCAGCAAAAUCUAUGCUUAAUAGAAAUGCUAAUGCAGAAGACCUUUGCCCUUCGUCGCCAGGAGAUUAUUCAGGAAAACCCAAAUGUGAAGGACUUCUUGGGGAAAUGGCCGGCUCUUCGGAUUGAAUCACAGUUCUAUGCUGUGCUUGACCAACAUACAGCUGGACUGGUGGCAUUGUAUAGGCAGAAGGCGGCACAAACCGGAAAAAUAUCAGAGGCGCUGCGUGACAUCCUAAAGGUUUAUGAUCUCCAGGAAGUGCGCGAUGUCAACAUGAAGGCUACUGUAGCCCUUCGUGCCCUCCCGGUAUACCUGUGUGAGGAUGACCCGCAGUUCUUUAAGACUUUGAAUGUGGAGGAGUCAGAUGAGCCAGGCAUCAUUGACACACCUGUUGCUCUUGUCACAGCAGUCACAGAUGACACUGCAGAUCAAGUUCAUUUCAGUCCUGCAAACAUUUCCAUUGUUGUGGAAGACAGUGUUCUGAUAAGUAAUAUCCCAAACUUGGCUGAUGCAUUUGCAUUGUUGUUUGGGUGGAUAUAUGGAUUGCAUUUGGACUAUCCCAAGAAACUCAUUCACACUUUUACAUUCAUCCAGAAAAUCCUAAUGGGACUUGAUGAUGGCAAACCACUUAAACCUUGCCUACUGAGUCUCAAAAAUGACCUGUUAAUGAAAGAGUAGGCUAACAUAAGAGUUGUGGAUCAUGUUGAUCUGUUUUGGGGUUCCGAGUAUGGUGACUUUAUAGUAUGUUGUUGAACACCACGUUAUUCAAAGCAUAUGAACCUGUUUACAUUUGAAGAGAUUAUGUAGUGUCCACCAAAUCUAAUGUAGUUGCUGCUGUUUAUACUUAUUGUUUGUACACUUGGUGCUCUGAAUCCUAAAAUCCUGCUUUUUAUAGGUAUUUACAAACAGGAUGGAUUUGAUGUCUUGAUUUCAUGUUUUGAUACGUUUAUUUUUUUAUUUACUUUUUUAAAUAUAAUUUUAUUUCAUUGGCACUUUAAUGGUCAUGGCUGUUACUAAUGCUGUUUUAAGAGAGGCCAUACUUUUUAUAUUAAGCACUUUAAGAUUCUCAGAUGCUGAUUAUCUUGUUCCUGUUUGAUACGUACACUUGGUGCUCUGAAUCCUAAAAUCCUGCUUUUUAUAGGUUUUUACAAACAGGAUGGAUUUGAUGUCUUGAUUUCAUGUUUUGAUACGUUUAUUUUUUUAUUUACUUUUUUAAAUAUUAUUUUAUUUCAUUGGCACUUUAAUGGUCAUGGCUGUUACUAAUGCUGUUUUAAGAGAGGCCAUACUUUUUAUAUCAAGCACUUUAAGAUUCUCAGUUGCUGAUUAUCUUGUUCCUUUUGAUAUGUAGAGAUACAUAUGUGUACACACACACACACACGCAUGCACACACACACACACACGCACACAAAUGCACAACGAUACACUAAAUAUGUUCAACAAGAUGUUAGUUAUAUAUCUAGAGCAGAGGUGUUUAGUUGUGCUGUGUCUCUGUAGAUUUUCAUUCCAACUAAAUACUUCACCACUGGUUAACAUACUCACAGCUAUUGUGUAGGUGGUCAAACUAGUAUGUGACUUGAGUGUCUUAGCGUAUCAUGGCACAUGAUUAGUCACCUCUGAGCUUGAACAAAGUUUUAAAACAAAAUGACUGCUGUUGAUGGUCUGAUGUUUGUAAGACAAUUUUAAGUCUGAUUAAAAGAAAAUGUACAACUGAAUUAAUUUGUUGUAGUUUUAACUUGUAAAUUUGAUUCGCUUGUGGGUUAUACACAAGUACAUUUUUUGGAUUAAAAUAAGUAUAGAUAAUUAUAUAAAUGUUCAUAUGUUAAACAAUAUUUUUA